CCGCCAUAUUAGAUUGUUUCAGAGUUGUCGAGCGAUAUACGUUGGAAAGCUUUAUGUGUUAUUCUUCCUUUUGUAUAUGCUUAUUAUAGACCAUUUUGACUGCUUUGUCGUGAAAGUGGAUUACAAGAAAAUGAUAGCAAUUUUGUACAUAUUAAGUAGUUAGUUAAACUAGCUAAUGCAGCCCCUAAAGUUUGGUCCCCAAAGUCAAAGCGUCUGCCGACGCUCAGCCGAUAUACGUAGAAUUACCACAGGCUACAGCAGUAACAUCACACGGGCCGUAGCAGCCUAAUGCUGUGGGUAUGAUGAUGGAGGCGGGGGCUAGUUGGGAUGCGGUAGAGACUAUUAGUAUUAAGACGUCAGAUUGACGAAAAGUCGCCUGAAAUCAGACAUGUGCAUUGCAUAGUCUCAUUUUCGAAUACAGUAACGGUGUUUGAAUUCUGUGACAUGAUUAUUUUAGUGUGAUUUUCAUUUGAUGGAACCUACACGAGCAAGUUAACCUACAUUAAAUUUUAUCUAGUUAGGCUUGAAGUUUAAUCUUAAUUUAUCGCAAACCCGAAAGUUAGUUAAUACAUUAGUACUACUAGGGUACUAUUUCUAGUAGUACAACACUACAGUGCUAUUAAUAUUGUGACAGUGACUGAGUAGUUUAGUUUAAGCCUACUCUAAGUUCUGUUUUAUAAAUUAUUCUUGCUUGAGUAUAAGUUAUAACCCUAUCUUGGGGAACAUGGCUGAUCUUGUAGACGGAAGACCACCAAAUAAACGACAGAAAUUAUCUGAAUCAACGCUUUCAGCUUCAGAUGGUACAGAUUUUAACUUGGGAAACUUAUGGGAGUUGGAAAAUGAACUUCCAGAAGAACUUAAGAACACAGAAACAAGACCUGAGCCAACACAGCAGCUACAAUCUAGUUCUCACUCUGGCCAGAAUUUGCAGAAUGGUGCAGUAGACUCAUCACUCAACCAGGAAGAUGUUAGUGUUAUGUCACCACAGAGACCACAACAGUUAUCUUACCUCCUUCAAAACAAGGCAUCAUCUAGUCAUGGUGCUCUAACAAGUUCUAAGAAUCAUUCAGGAUUGUCUGGUAACCAGACAAUUUCUAAUCCUAAUGCCAUUUUGCAAAACAUGAGUGAUGUACAAAGUCCUCAUGCAAAUCUGUCUUCUCCAAGCAUGAUAGUUAGUAGAGCUGGGACUUCAGUGUCUAGUUUGACUCAUAACCAUACCAUGAAUAUUGACAGUUUGACAAGCAUACCAAAUAGUCUGAUAAACAGUAAUCUAAAUAGUGGGUCAAGUAUUUCUAUUGGUAUUAAUCCAUUGGUGAGUAUGUCUUCAGGGGUCAACAAGAGUGGACUUUUAGGUUCUCAAGGGAAAUUGUUAACUACCAUCUCAUCUUUGAGCUCAUCAGCUAAUUUGCCUAUGCAGUUGCAACAACAAAAUCUUCCUACCAAAUUCUCUCAAACCCAGUUGCAACAUCCCCAACAGACUCAACUUCUUGAUGGAGGAGGAGGAAUGAUGAAUGGGCCUCAGAUGAAUGUAAACAAUUCUGGAGCUAUUAGAAUGCCCACCAAUGCUGUAUCAGCCAAUAACAUGACACACAACAACAUGCUGGCCAGUGCUAUUCCUCAGAACACUACUUAUCAGAAUCCUCUUAGCCAUGUUGGCAUCGCCACUUCUCAGUCAAUGACAGUAAUGAAGGGUCCAGGAAUUGGACCUGCUGUAAGGCAAAUACAGAUGUCUAGGAGCUUUGCUGGAAACAGUGGGGCAGUUUCAAGAACACAUUCUCCUGGUUUGCCCACCUCUGUAGCUUCUGUGUUAGCAGGUGCUCAGCACCCAUCAAAUACAACAGGAAUGACGAACAUAGGUCCACGUUUUCAUUCACCUGUAAAUCCAUCCUUAGAAAAUCAUGGACUACAUCAACAAGUAGUAACAAGUCCAAACAUAUCUACAACACAGACUGUUACACAGGGACCACCACCUCAAAAUCCCAGUGGCACAUCUAGCUUAGCAUCAGGAAUCUCAGUUCCACAAGCUAGUGGAAAUCCAUCAACUGCGGAUUCUGAAAAACGGAAGUUGAUCCAGCAACAGCUGGUUUUACUUCUACAUGCACACAAAUGCCAGAGACGUGAAAAUCAGGCCAAUGGCGAAAUUCGGCAGUGUUCACUUCCACAUUGUAGAACUAUGAAAAAUGUGCUAAACCAUAUGACAACUUGUCAAGCUGGAAAGUCCUGUCAGGUUAAUCACUGUGCUUCAUCACGACAGAUCAUUUCACAUUGGAAGAACUGCACAAGAAGUGAUUGCCCAGUUUGUUUACCUUUAAAGCAAGCAGAUCGGAAACAGCAGUUGGCAGGAACAUCAGUUCAGCAAAAUCAGGCAAGUCAAGGUCCUGCGCCAGCUGACAUGCAACGUGCUUAUGCUGCUUUAGGCCUCCAUUAUAAUGCAGGAGGAAACAAUAAUGUUAACUCUCAAGUUAUACAGCAAAGACUCGGUUUAGGGCAGAGUCAGGGAGUCAAUGAGGUGCAAAAUAUGAAUACUUUGUCUAUGAACCAACAGCAACAACAGCCUACAACAACUCAACAAAGCCAACUUCAGUCUCUAACACCUACACCUUCUAACCCAGUUCCUCAUUCUCAGGGUUUCAUUAGUACAAGUGAUGCUUCUCAGAUUAGUUUGAUGGGAAGAAGCUUAAUGUCAGUUGUGCCAACUCCCACAUCAACGGGACUGUCUGGUGAAAUAUUGAACCAGAUAUCAUCUGCAGUACAUGCUUCUCCAGCUGAACCCACUUCAGGAACCAAGGCCUGGCAUCAGUCUGUGCCACCUAACCUGAGAGAUUGUCUAGUACAAAAAAUAGUACAGACAAUAUUUCCCACUCCUGACCCAUCUGCUCUUCAAGAUAAACGAAUGAAAAAUCUAGUCGCAUAUGCACGUAAGGUGGAGCGUGACAUGUUUGAAGAAGCCAAUAGCAGAGAACAAUAUUACCAAAAGCUAGCAGAAAAAAUCUAUAAAAUUCAGAAAGAAUUAGAAGAAAAACGGCAAAAAAGAAAAGAACAACAGCUACGUCAGGUCCAGCAAGUAACAAGUAAUGUUGGAACGCCCAGUCCUGUCGGUAGUCCUGUCAGACUUCCUCCAGGAAAUCUUUCUCCUUCAAUGAUGGCAUCCCAGCCACAUGUUUCAGAUAUUACAAAUCUUGGUAAUCACCAGAGAAUGCCACCACCAAAUAUAACUAUUCCUAGUUCAAGGAAUGAUUUUUUUGUUAAUAUCAAUAAUAACCACCUAUCUAAUUCUACAACUGUCAACCAAACUCAUUUUGGUCAUUCAAACUCGAGCACUCCUCCCAUGACAUCACUUGGACAACAACAACAACAACAACCUCAUUUUAGUAACUUGGCUAACAUAGGCAGUGUCACAAGUACAACAACUGUUUCAUUUGGAGGAAUAAGUGCUGCAGCAGGGCCUGUGUCUUUCCCUAAUUCCCAGAUUGGCUCAGGAUAUCAGGAAGAUUAUUCUCAGCUGACUGAUUCUGUGAAAUUAAGACAAGUGACUGUGGAGCAGACUCAACAAGGAAACCAGAUGCAUGGAUUAGAUCAGGUGCAGGUGGCACAAACUGCUUAUAACAGUGUUGUAUCCCCUGUUAAUAGGAUGAAUAUGCAGCAGCAACAGAGUAGUCAAGUAUCAGGAAAGCAGCUACCAGGUUUAUCACCUAAGAUGAUCUCCACUUCCCCAUCUUCAAUUCAACCUAUUCCUCAGUCAUCUACUCCUCAACCCCAAUCAAACCAAACACUUAUUCAGCAGCCUCCAAGGGCAGCUUCAGUUCCGGGAACAACAAGAAGUCGGCCAAGCACCCCUUCUACUCCCCAGAAUUUUCAACAACGUCUGCAACAGCUUCAGGAACAACCACAGCAGAUGAGCUAUUCUUUUAACCAAGUCUGUACUUCCCAGGGGUUAAGUAUUACCAGCAACACUGAAGGAGUGAAUUCUCAAAAAGAUGUGUUGUGUACUUUAAAUGGUUCAAGUGAAACACCACAGAAUUCAGUUGCUGAAGCAGCUUCUUAUAACGUUAACAGUACACCAGUUUCAAAUGUUCAAGUAACAACUUCGAUUGGGAAGACUCCGCUUAGUGUCACAGAAGUUAAUAUGGAAAUUGACACAACUGUUAUCAAAGAAGAAGAAAAAACAGAAAUAAAACAGGAGGUUGAAACUCCAAAGUGUGACAGUGCAAUGAAAGUUGAAAUUAAACAAGAACCUAUGAAAGAUAGUAGUAAUUCAGGAUAUGUUAGUUCUGAGUGUUAUGCAAGUGUUAAAGUGGAGCCUGCUUCUGUGAAAGAGGAGCCAACAACUCCUGUAUCAACAUCAAGCAAUGGAGAUUUACCAAAUACUUCAUCUGAUAAUAAAUCAGAACCGUCCGAAACUGCUCAGCCACCUCCCAAACCAAAACCCAAUAAAAAAGUUUUCAAGCCUGAUGAGCUACGUCAAGCCUUAAUGCCUACCCUAGAAAAAUUGUACAGACAAGACCCUGAAUCCUUACCUUUUAGGCAGCCUGUAGAUCCACAGUUGUUACAGAUUCCAGAUUACUUUGAUAUAAUUAGAAAACCAAUGGACUUAUCUUCUAUUAAACGAAAACUGGACACUGGCCAAUACCAAGAUCCGUGGCAGUAUGUUGAUGAUUUGUGGCUGAUGUUUGAUAAUGCUUGGUUGUACAAUAGAAAAACAUCUCGUGUUUAUCGCUAUUGUACAAAGUUAGCGGAAGUGUUUGAGCAAGAGAUUGACCCAGUGAUGCAGUCACUUGGUUAUUGUUGUGGACGAAAAUAUGUCUUUCAGCCUCAAGUUUUAUGUUGCUAUGGCAAGCAACUUUGUACUAUACCUAGAGAUGCAAAAUAUUGGAGUUACCAAAACAGAUAUACUUACUGCCAGCGAUGUUUUUCCGAGAUUCAGGGUGACACGGUUACUCUUGGUGAUGAUCCAACAGCACCUCAAACGACGAUCCCAAAAGACCAGUUUGAAGAAUUGAAAAAUGAUCACCUAGAGAUGGAACCGUUUGUAGAGUGUAUGGAAUGUGGUAGGAAACUUCAUCAAAUUUGUGUUAUCUACUUUGAGAGUAUCUGGCCAGAAGGGUUUACUUGUGAUAACUGUCUAAAGGCACAAGGAAAGAAGAGGAAAGAGAACAAAUUCACCAGCAAAAAAUCAAACAAAUACGUUGAAACUGGACAGAUACCAGAGCAGUUUCCAUACCGAGCCAAAUCACUUUUUGCUUUUGAAGAAAUAGAUGGUGUAGAAGUCUGUUUCUUUGGAAUGCAUGUUCAAGAGUUUGGAUCUGAAUGUCCUAUGCCAAACACAAGACGAGUUUACAUAGCAUAUCUGGACAGUGUACAUUUCUUCCGACCAAAGCAGUUCAGAACAGCCGUGUACCACGAGAUUCUUUUGGGAUACCUGGAUUAUGUAAAGCAAUUAGGGUACACAAUGGCACAUAUCUGGGCCUGCCCACCAAGUGAAGGAGAUGAUUAUGUCUUCCACUGUCAUCCACCAGAACAGAAAAUUCCCAAACCAAAGAGGCUACAAGAGUGGUAUAAAAACAUGCUUGACAAAGGAAUUAUUGAAAGAAUUGUUUUGGAUUAUAAGGAUAUUUUGAAGCAGGCCACUGAGGACAAUCUGAAAAGUGCAGUUGAGCUACCCUAUUUUGAAGGAGAUUUUUGGCCUAAUAUUUUGGAAGACUGUAUCAAGGAAUUGGAUCAGGAGGAAGAAGACAAAAGAAAAGCUGCUGAGGCAUCUGCAGCUGCAGCAGUGACCUCUGGUGGUGUGGAUGAUGAAGGUGAAGCAGAAGGAACUCAGACACAAGGAAAGAAGAAAGGACAAAAAAGUGGACGAAAUAAAAAAGCCAACAAAAAUAAAAAUCCACAGAGGAAGAACAACAAGAAAUCAAAUAUUUGUAAUACUGGAAGUGACUUAUCUGCUAAGAUUUAUGCUACUAUGGAAAAACACAAAGAGGUAUUUUUUGUUAUUCGGCUGCACUCGGUUCAAGCAGCUGCCAGCUUACCACCUAUCCAAGACCCUGAUCCUGUGAUUAAUUGUGAUUUGAUGGAUGGAAGAGAUGCAUUUCUGACUUCAGCACGAGAGAAACAUCAUGAAUUUUCCUCACUGAGACGUGCAAAGUAUUCAACUAUGGCCAUGUUGUAUGAGUUACACAACCAAGGACAAGAUCGAUUUGUAUAUACCUGCAACAGUUGUAAAGCUCACGUAGAGACCAGAUACCAUUGUACAGUUUGUGAUGAUUUUGAUCUCUGCAUUCCCUGUUAUAAGAAGGAAGGUCAUAUUCAUAAGAUGGAAAAGCUUGGUUUUGACUUGGAUGAUGGGUCUGCUGCUUCUGAUCAGAAACAGGCGAACCCACAAGAGUCUCGUAGACUGUCCAUCAUGAGGUGCAUUCAGUCACUGCUUCAUGCAUGUCAGUGUCGUGAUGCCAACUGUCGACUUCCCAGCUGUCAGAAAAUGAAACGAGUUGUCCAGCAUUCAAAAAUAUGCAAGCGUAAAACUGUUGGCUGCCCUGUCUGCAAGCAGCUCAUUACAUUGUGCUACUACCAUGCUAGGCUCUGUCAGGAAGCAAAGUGUCUGGUACCUUUCUGUUUGAAUAUAAAACACAAGCUUCGCCAGCAGCAACUGCAGCAAAGAGUACAGCAAGCCCAAAUUCUUCGCAGACGAAUAGCAAGCAUGGCCACCAUGCAGAACCGACCUGUGGCAAGUCAGCUUCCUCAGCCUAGCUCAAGUGCCUAUUCAAUGCCCAAUGAACCCUCUUUGGAGCCCUCAACACCAACAUCUCAUCCGCAUCCAACUGGAGUUGGGAUUAAGCCUGCAACAUCAGGUCCACCAGCAGGUGCUCUUCAAGCUGUUCAAGCAGUGCAGGCUGCAGCAGCAAGACAGCAAGCCCCACACUUAGCUGGUGCUGGAGCUUACCAGAAAGGUAGCCCCAUGGCUCUCUCUCCUACUAGUGGGGCCACUUUAAUGGCAACCACACAAGGUCAAACUCAAAUUGGACAGAUGGUCCAAAACAUGGGUAACAGAGUAGUGGGACUGAGUAGUCCCAACCGAUGGGAUGGAUCACACUCUAAUUAUUCACAACAGGUUCCAGCACAGCAGAAUCAAAUGGCUGAUCAACAGUUGGGGAUUCGACAGCCAGCACAGAUGAUGGGGCCGGCUCCUGGCAAUCCACCAGUAACUAUGGGACCUCCACCAGCAGGACCAGGCAUGCAGCGUACAUCUCAGUUACCCCAGGGAUUGCCUCAGUUGCUACAAAUGUUACGCCUACCAGGGUCUGUUCAGCAGCAACAGAAAGUUCUACAGAUGUUAAAGACAAACCCUCAGCUCAUGGCCUACUUUAUUAAGCAUCGUAAUGCCCAGCAGCAACAACAACAACAACAACAGCAGCAGCAGCAUCAACAACAACAACAAAUGAUGAUACCAAACCAGUCAUCUAUGGGAAGUGGUGCACAGCCAGGAAUAUCUGGGCAGCUUACACCCCAACAACAGCAACAAUGGUUUCAAAAGCAGCAGUUACUGGCUAUACAGCGACAGCAGCAGCAGCAACAGUUCUCUCAGUCACAACCUCCUAUGUACACACCACGAGCACGCCCUACUCAUCCCAUGAACUUUAAUCCCCACCAGCAGAAUUUCCACCCAGACAGUGGGGGUCAGUACUCCUCUUAUCAACAGCAGCAGCUCCUAAUGCAGUCCCAGCAAUUAAAACAGCAAAUUUCUUCACCUAAUAUUCCCCCCAUGAGCCCACAACAAGGCUUAAUAGGACAUCCUCAGACAGGAGCCCCUGUUGCCUCACCUCAACAGUUAAUGUGCUCUCCACCUGCUGUUAGAUCACCUCAGCCAAUUCAGUCCCCAAGGGCUCAACCCGUUCCUUCACCUCGCCAACAGCAUGCCAUGUCUCCUCACCACUCUUCUCAAACCCACUCUCCUCAUCCAACUCUAACUAUAGCAGGAGCUACUCAAGUGUAUGGGGGAUCCAAUCAGAUGGCUUCCACCAAUGACAUGAUGCUUACUCAGCUAACAAACCCUAGUUCAUCACGAUCUGGUGUUGUUAACCAGCUCCAGAACACAACAAACUCGGAACCUGGCCUCUCUAGAGAUGACCUCACUCCACAGGAACAACUGAAUAAAUUUGUUGAAAACCUGUAACUUGGAGGUUGUUUACGUGUGUGAAUAGAAACAUAUUAUGAACUCUUGUUAUGAAUGUUUUCUGUGAAGAAAAAGAGGACUUUGUUUUCACUUAAGUUUAAUGUUUUAAAAUUUUAUACUUAGCUUAUAAAUAAGACGUUAGAAUUUGUCAGCAGAGAAUGACACAUUAUUGUAUUAAAAUUAAUUUCUAUAAAAGGUUUAUUGAAUUCUCAUGCUGUAUAAAAACUUUUGUAUAGUUUCGACAUAUAUAUGGGAUUUAUAUGGUAGUGUACAGGUAGGAUAAGGUCAUGUAAUUGAAUGAAGUAUUUACAUUCUUGAAAUUUUUUUGUUGUUGUUGUUUAAAGUUUUUUUUUUCCAACUGACAGUUAGCAAUAUGUUCAAAUUGUGCAUAUGUAAAUCUGUAUUUCUAUGUGUUACAUAGUGCACACACACACACACACACACAUUCAAAGAAAAUAGGUAAGAAUCAAUAAAUGGUAUUGAGGCUGGACCCAAAGUAUAGGUUUUCCGUUAACAUUACAACAGAGUAUCUCUUUACAUAGUGACAUUCCAAUGAUUAUGAAAUCAUGUAUACCCCAAAGACUGUGAUUCCCUAAAUAAUAAUAAUACUAAUUAUAACUAAUCAUCAGUAUCAAAUGUUUUUUUCUUGGCUUCUUUUUAUUAGCCUUUGAAAACAUUUAAUAAUGAAUGUAGUAAUGAUUUUUUUUUCUUUCAAAAAAGUGUUUAAUUGUGUCUUAUCAUAAUAAUAAUUAAUAAUGAGUUCAGGAGAUUGAUCAUGUUGUAUAGAAUCUCAUUUUAUCUUGCAUAAAUUAGUUUUCCCAUCAUGUAUUUGUAGUUUUCACGAAGAACUAGGGGUCAGUUGAAAUGUGUCGUGUAUCUUUUUACAUGGUAUUAGAUACAUGGUUUAUUUCGGUGGGAGGUCUGUCCCACCUUCACAUUUUUGUUCUGUACAUUUCAUUGAUAGGUCACAGGUAGAAGACUACAAAAACAUUGUACAUAUUGUAUACAUUUUAAAACUCGAAGUUUGAAUAAAAUCAAAUAUUCAAAAAUUUACCAA